UUAAAGAUAUACAGACAGACCCAGAAGAGAGAGAGAGAGAGAGAGAGGUGGCUUUUAUAAUUCUAAGUUCUAACCUUGUUCUCUGUAUCUGAACACUGGUCUUUCUCUGUUGAUUGAUUCUUGUUAAUCUCUCUCUCUUUGAUAACACUCUAUAUAGGCUAAUAAAUAUAUAUAUAUAUAUAUACAUAUUUUCUUGAAAAGUAAAAAACAUGGGUUGGAUUCCAUGCUCUGGAGGAUUACAGAGUAGUAGCAAAGAGAAGACAAAGACUAAGAAGAAAAUAGUGCUGCAGGAGAAGAAGUCAUUUGAUGGAUCUAUCAAACCCACUUCAGAGAAAUUAAGGACAGCUUCCUCGAGUGUCAAGGAGGGCUCUAAAAGUGGCGGGUCGGAUAAUAUUUCGGCACAAACAUUUACAUUCCGUGAGUUGGCAGCUGCAACUAAAAAUUUUAGAGCAGAAUGUUUUUUGGGUGAGGGUGGUUUUGGUAAAGUAUAUAAAGGGUGUUUGGAAAGUACCGAUCAGGCUGUAGCUAUCAAGCAGCUUGAUCGUAAUGGGUUACAAGGGAACAGGGAAUUCCUUGUUGAAGUCUUGAUGUUAAGUCUGCUCCACCACCCUAAUCUUGUUAAUUUAAUUGGCUAUUGUGCUGAUGGAGAUCAAAGGCUUCUGGUUUAUGAAUAUAUGCCUCUAGGAUCUUUGGAAGACCACUUACUUGAGCUUUCAACUGGUAAGAAACAACUUGAUUGGAAUACAAGAAUGAAAAUUGCUGCUGGGGCUGCAAAGGGAUUGGAGUAUUUACAUAACAAAGCUAGUCCUCCAGUUAUAUAUAGAGAUCUGAAAUGUGCUAACAUUUUGCUUGGUGAAGGUUAUCAUCCCAAGCUAUCUGAUUUUGGCUUGGCCAAACUCGGGCCUGUUGGGGAUAACACACAUGUAUCCACAAGGGUCAUGGGCACCUAUGGAUAUUGUGCUCCAGAGUAUGCAAUGACAGGUCAACUGACUCUGAAAUCAGAUAUUUAUAGCUUUGGGGUUGUUCUUUUGGAGAUCAUUACAGGCAGGAAAGCAAUUGACAAUUCAAAAGCUGCAGGAGAGCAGAAUCUGGUUCAAUGGGCAAGACCCUUGUUUAAAGAUCGUGAGAAAUUCUCAAAAAUGGCUGAUCCCUUGCUCCAAGGUCAGUAUCCUUCGAGGGGCUUGUACCAAGCUCUUGCCAUUGCUGCAAUGUGUGUUCAGGACCAGCCUAAUAUGCGGCCAGUCAUAGCUGAUGUUGUUACAGCUUUGACAUACCUUGCUUCACAAAAAUAUGAGCCUGAUACAGUCCAAGGCUCUCGCCAUUCCCUCUUUUCUCCUCCUAGAACAAAGAGGGACAGUGAUAAGAAGCAGAAUGGUGGUGGUGGAUCUCAGAGAUCAAAAUAAAAUGUUCACUUAAAGAGUGCUCUGUGGUCGAAAUGUUCACUUAAAGAGUGCUCUGUGGUAGAAGUGAAUCUGAAAUGGUUCUUUGAUACUUAUUGGGCUGCUGUCAUUCAUGCCAACCAUGGCUACUGCUUCAGAACUAUAGUGGUUUUAUACAGAUGACAUUUUUUUAUUUUACAUUGUGGUCAGUGAUAAAAGGCUCAGACCUUAGUGUUGGUUGUUCAUACAUUUCACUCGUGCCUUGUUAUCAAAUUUUGCAGUGUAUAGAUAACAGGUGCAUUUCCAUACUCGAUUAUACAUUUGUUAAAAGAUUUUUGUACGUUUCUUUA